CACACACGUGGGGGCGUUGUCCUUAGCAAUCGCAAUUUACCAUGGUGGGAUUUGUUGUUAUUAGAAACGGGAUCGCUUCCGUAUUUACGAUCGUACGCAUCGUAUCGCGUGCAUGUAGCUUGAUACCGGCGUGCUAGCUGGUGCGCAAAUUCUACCACUUUACAUCAUUUACACAGACUGCGGAAGAUAUAUAUUUUUCAGAUACCAUGGCUCGGUCAGGAGACGAAUCGUGUUCUCAGAGCUCUAUCGGUCUUGAAUCCAUCUCAUUUAACCCUCAACUACCACACCCUCAGAGCUGGACGGAGGUACCGCAAUACAACAUGGGUGUCAGGCAACAAAGAACACAUGAAACAUUUGGAAACUGGAAAUAUGAUAUCCAGUGUCAAAUUUCAAAUAUCUCACAGAAACUGAAAGACUCCUUAGAGGAGCAUCCCGAUGAUCGGGCACGAGGUAGCGAUGUUCCCUGGCGACCGACACUCGGUGACCACACCCCUCGCGAAUUACCCCUCCGCCCACAACAGAGGAAACCCAUCGGUAACGCUGCCCCCUCACCUCCGUCGAGGGAAGAAACUGAAAACUUUUACAGAGCUAACAGUACUGCAAAUCCAUCUUACCCUCUGUCGUUUGGCCUUGGAAGAACGACUAUCUCCCGAUGAGAGUCUGUGGAAAUGAAUUGGUUGGACCAUGGUUGGACAACUCUCUUGUAAGCAUGUAAUGACUGGAGACUGUAAAAUGCUCUUCAAACCACCAAGUCAUAAUAGAAGACUUGAAGCUUUGUACGAUUGGAAGCAUUUUUAUUUAUUUCUUUUGGUUGUGAGAGUUGGGGAUCAGACCGAGUGUUGCUUCAUAUGCUCAAUAAUUAUGGUUUAUCUGGCCUUUACACAAAGUGCAGCCGUAUGGUAUUGAACAGUUACAUAACUAUGUGAUGGGCUAAAAAUUUAAGGAAAGAUUAACCUUCUAUUUGAUUAUUUGUCGGCUUUUGGAGAAAGGUUAUUUGUCUUCGAACAUGCAUUUCAUUUAUUUUGCAGCAGUGUGAACUAUAUACUGGGCUAUAUAAAUAAGGAAAUAUUUACCCACUAUUAUUUUCCAGUUUGUGGAGAAAGGUAUUUAUCUUUUACUAUGAAAAAAUCAUUAUAUUUGUUUGCUACUCAGUCUUCAAUGUCUAAAGUAAUAAUGAUUGACCUACUUCUUGAUUUUCUUUCAAGCAGACAUAUAGAGAGGUGUUUAAAGGUCAAGUCCACCCCACAAAAAUGCUGAUUUGAAUGAAUAGAGAAAAUCAAACUAGCAUAGUGCUGAAAAUUUCAUCAAAAUCGGAUGUAAAUUAAGAAAGUUAUGACAUUUUUAAGUUUAGCUUAUUUUUCACAAAACAGUGAUAUGCACAGCAGGGCGAGUCAGUCGAUGAUGUCCAUCACUCACUCUUUCUUUUGUGUUUUAAUGUUUGAAUUAUACAAUAUUUCAUUUUUUACAGAUUUGACAAUAAGGACCAACUUGACUGAACCAUACAGUAUUAAACAAUGCUAAUUCUACAUGUUCAGGGAGGAAUUAAUCACUGUAUCACUUGACAAUGAGGAGAAAAUUAGAAUAUUUCAUAUUUCAUAUAAUAAAAUACAAAAGAAAUAGUGAGUGGAUGAUGUCGAUGGUUUAGAUCCAUUGAUGGAGCUUUUCUUUAUAGAGGGUCAUCACUAUUCUGAUAAGAAAAUACCUUGUUUUCAAAGCAAUCAGAAUGAAAUGAAAUGUUGCUGAAUAUCUGAGAUUUUUCUAUAAUGAGGAAACCUUUGAAGUUUGCUUCGAGGGUGAAGACAAGAUUUUACAAUUAUGUGAAUUUAUUGAUGAAAAAUGUACUCAGUUUUGUUCCGAGUUUCUUAUAUCACUCAAUAAAUUUUGACAUUUUUGUGGUGUGCUUGACCUA